CCGACGACCGGCACCAGUUCGUCUACUGGGCUCUUGUUUUAAACGGAGAGAGCUAAAAACUCGGAGGCUAUGGCUGUUAGAGCUACAGUCUCUCGUUUCCCAAUUGACGCUGAUGCUCAGGAGAAUUCCGGCCUUCCAUGGGGUGUUUCCCUCACCCCCUUCGCUUCCAAGGACGAGAAUGGCCGUCCUCCGGUCUACGGAUCCGACGCCCACCUCCUUCCCCGCUGCGAGCAUUGCUGGGCCUACUUCAACUCCUAUUGUGACCUCGAGCAUUGGGCAUGGACCUGUGCCCUCUGCGGUACCCUCAAUGGCCUCUCUUCCAAGGCGAUUGCUCGAUUCUCCAAUCCUGAAUCCUGCCCCGAGAUGAUGUCCUCUUUCAUAGAUCUCGAGUUGCCUGAUGAAGGCUCCGGAGGAGAAGCGAUGCAAGCUCGUCCAGUAUAUGUUGCAGCCAUUGAUCUGUCAUCUUCAGAAGAAUUUUUGGAGCUCACGAAAAGUGCAUUACUGGCAGCUUUAGAAGCUCUUGGGCCUGGUUCACUUUUUGGUCUUGCUACCUUCAGCCACAAACUAGGUUUAUAUGAUGUUCAAGGUCCUAUACCCGUUGUGAAGAAUGUCUUCAUUCCCCCUGAUACAGAGGGCACCCUACCAAUUGAACUUGAAGAUGUAAUGCCUUUGUUGCAGUUUUUGGCACCGGUGGAAACCUGUAAGGAUCGCAUUGAGGCUGCUCUUGAAACUCUUCGACCAACAACAUCAUGGGAGAGAACUACAGCAGCAGGUCAAGGAAUAGAUGGUAUAUUGAUGGGUGGAAGAGGUUUUGGUGUGGCUAUGGAAGCACUCCUUAAUUACCUCGGAUCAGAAUAUGGGAACAUAUUUGCAUUAGCUAGAGUUUUUGCUUUCCUAUCUGGUCCUCCUGAUUAUGGAGCUGGGCAACUUGACACAAGGCGAUAUGGGGAGCAAUAUGCUAGUAAAGGAGAGGAUGCUGACCGUGCAUUACUUCCUGAGCAAACCCCAUUUUAUAGAGAGUUGGCUGCAGUUGCCGUUCAAGCAGGAGUUUGUGUAGACAUAUUUGCUGUUACAAAUGAAUACACUGAUUUGGCAUCCCUAAAAUUUCUUAGCAUUGAAAGUGGUGGCUCACUAUGCUUCUAUUCAAGUACUGAUGACUCAACUCUUCCUCAGGAUAUGUAUCGGAUGUUAAGCCGGCCUUAUGCUUUUGGUUGUGUAUUGCGAUUAAGAACUUCUACUGAAUUCAAGCCUGGCCGUUCCUAUGGUCAUUUUUUCCCAGAUCCACAAUAUGAGAAUGUUCAACACAUUAUCUGUUGCGAUUCUUAUGCAACAUAUGCAUAUGACUUUGAGUUUGCAAAUAAUGUUGGAUUUUCAAGGCACGCUCCUGGGUUUCCCAUUGUGCAGAUUGCUUUCCAGUAUACGGUUGUUGUGCCUCCCGAGGAGCUUUCUAGUUCUAUUUCAUCUAGUAGAACGGAACAUUCCCUUAAACGAAGACUGAGGAUACGAACUAUACAGUUUGGUACUGCUCAAAAUUUCAAUGAGCUUUACGACAGUGUUGAGCCUGAGGCGGUUCUCUCAUUGCUCGUUCACAAGGUUAUAUUAGCUUCUUUGGAGCAAGGUGUUCGAGAGGGCAGGGCUCUACUUCAUGAUUGGCUUGUAAUUCUUACAGCACAAUACAAUGAUGCUUAUAAACUUGUUCAUUACAAAAAUGGAGCUUCAGGAACUUCUCUGGUUGAUGUUGCAUUCUCUCAGUGUCCGCAACUUCAAUCUCUACCUCGCUUGGUCUUUGCUUUACUUAGGAACCCUCUCCUUCGAUUUCAUGAGGAAGGUAUCCAUCCCGACUACCGGAUCUAUCUGCAAUGCCUUUUCAGUGCACUUGAACCAAGUUCCCUACAUUGUGCUGUGUAUCCAGUGUUGACAUCAUAUUCUACCCCGGACAUUCAAGCAUAUCCACGUCACUCAUUGAGUCGUGCUGCACUGAUUACAAGUGGCAGUCCCAUAUUUUUCCUUGACGCGUUCACAACUCUAAUUGUGUUUUAUUCUUCCACCGCAGACCCUAUGCUUCCGUUUCCUCCACCUCAAGAUUGUUUAUUAAGAACUACAAUUAACGAACUAAAACAAGACAGAUGCAUCACUCCGAGACUCAUAUUUAUCCGGGGAGGUCAGGAUGAUGCUACAGCUUUUGAAAACUAUCUUAUAGAGGAACAGGAUGUCGAUGGAAGCGGCCUCACUAGCGUCAUGGGUUUCGUUUCCUUCCUCGAAGAUGUGAAGCAGAGUGUUUUGGAAUAUCUGAAAUAGACUGCAUUGCUUGGCAUUCAUCUUUCAUUGCUACUAAAAGCAUUAGCAACAAUGCAUGCUCAAAACGUCCUGAUAUUUCAACUACUCUCGAGUCUGAACAAUGAGUCGUCCCGAUCAGCAAUAGAGGGAUGUUCUAUAUGAAUGCUUGCAGAAAAUUUGGAUUUUCCUCAUGGCGUAGAAGAUCCCUUGAGGUGGACACUACACAAAGAUCAUUUUCAGGUGCUUAUUACUUGUUGCUACAUCUUUAUGAAAGCAAUUCACAGGUCUUGCCAAUAUUUUUCUUGUCUGAACAUAAUAAAUAUAGCUAUGAGACUUGGUAGAACUGUUUUCAUUAGAUAUUUUUUCAGCAUUGUAUUGCGAUUGUGAAAUACUUAGUUGACUGGAAAAGUAACUAGUUUUUCCUCUAUCUUUAUUGUAGAUAAUUUGAUAGGAUAAUUUUAUUCUUGUGGAAUAA